UUUUUAUUUUUUUAUUACCAAUUUAUGUUCGUUAACAUGUUAGCACACAAGUUCCUCCCCUUUCAUUUACCGCAAAAUUCCAACCACUUAUCUUACUUCUCUCUCUUCACUCGCCCCCAAUUUGGCAAUUUCUCUCUCCUCCCCUAAAUUCCUGAUUUUGAAUUUCCACUUUACAAACAUUUCAAUUUCCUGCAAUUAAUCAAAAUCAAAAUCAUAGGCCCUAAUUUCUGAAUCAUGUGCUCAACAAAAGGGCGACAAUUUAAAAUUGAAAUCAAAACUCAAAUGAUCACAUGCCACCCAUCAGAUUUACCAACAACGACGAAUUUCUCAAUGUUAGGGCAAAGAACUUCCACCACCACCUUAAAAUUAUUCCAUAAUUUUCGCUGGAAUUCCCGCCAUUUUCGCCCCUUUUACCCUCACAAAGUUGGGGGUUCCAAAUUUGUGAUUAAUUCUUCACUUGGCCCACUUUUCGCCUCGGCGGCAGCUGUUGGUUCAUCAACUCAUGCCGCCGUGACUUCCACCAUCACCCAGGUGGCUGUUACCGCUGUCGCUAUUGCCUCGGGAGCUUGCCUUUCUACUAAAGUGGACUUCUUGUGGCCUAAAUCACAUGAUCAGCCUAGUCCUCUUAUAUUAGAAGGAGUGGAUGUGACUGGCUACCCCAUAUUUAACAAUCCCAAGGUUCAAAAGGCUGUAUCUUUUGCUAGGAAAGCCCAUCACGGGCAACUACGCAAAAACGGAGAGCCUUACUUGGCUCAUUGUCUUCAUACGGGAAGAGCUUUGGCUGACCUAGUUCCAUCAAGUGGACAAAGGGCUGCUGAUACAGUGGUGGCUGGGAUUCUUCAUGAUGUUAUUGAUGAUACAAGUGAAACUCUGGUCAGUAUAAGAGAAAAUUUUGGCAAUGAUGUAGCUCAGCUUGUAGCUGGUGUUUCCCGGUUAAGUUAUAUUAAUCAGUUGUUAAGAAGACAUCGCAGAAUUAAUGCAAGCCAGAGCAGUCUUAGUCAUGAAGAGGCAAAUAAUUUGCGAGUGAUGCUCUUGGGCAUGGUUGAUGAUCCACGUGUGGUACUCAUAAAGCUUGCUGAUCGCCUUCAUAACAUGAGGACCAUUUAUGCUUUGCCACUUUCCAAGGCUCAAGCUGUUGCUGAAGAAACUUUGGUAGUUUGGUGCUCUCUUGCUUCGAGACUGGGCCUUUGGGCUUUGAAGGCUGAAUUGGAAGAUCUUUGUUUUGCCGUUUUGCAGGUUUGCACUCCUCAAAUGUUUUGUCAAAUGAGAGCUGAGUUGGCAUCCAUGUGGAGCCCUUGCAGAAGGGCAAGAAAUCCCCGAAGAGUGUCCACAAAGAGCAGUUUGCUUUCAGCCUCUGACACAACUGCAUCAAAUAGCUUUAAUUGUGCUGUGGCUACUGAGGACGAUGAUACAGAAAUGAAGGAUCUUCUUGAAGCAGUCUUACCUUUUGAACUAUUGUUAGACCGAGGAAAACGAAUGAACUUUCUCAGUAAUUUUACAAGCUAUUCUAAGAUUUCAACAAAACCGAAGGUUGUGAGGGAUGCUGGAGUUGCUCUGGCGUCUUUAGCAAUGUGCGAGGAAGCACUUGAGCAUGAACUUCUGAUAUCAACCUCUUACGUACCAGGAAUGGAAGUUACUCUAUCCAGCCGCUUGAAAAGCUUGUACAGCAUUUAUAGCAAGAUGAAAAGAAAAGAUAUUGACAUCAACGAGGUCUAUGAUGCACGCGCAUUACGGGUAAUUAUUGGAGAUAAGGAUGGAACUCUCCACGGACCUGCUGUGAGUUGUUGCUACAGUGUCCUUGACAUAGUACAUAAGCUCUGGUCACCUAUUGAUGGCGAGUUUGAUGAUUAUAUUGUUAAUCCGAAGCCUAGUGGUUAUCAGUCUUUGCAUACUGCUGUACAAGGUCCUGAUAAUUCAGCCUUGGAAGUUCAAAUAAGGACUCAGAGGAUGCAUGAGUACGCUGAACAUGGACUUGCUGCACAUUGGCUCUACAAAGAGACCAACAACAAAUCACUUUCUGGUAUAAGCUUGGGUGAUUCCCAUGGACAAGAGCUCUCCAAUUUUUCACAAGGCUUGGAGGAGCAAAGUUCUGUAGGAGAUAUAUAUUGGAAGUAUAGUUCCUUGAAAGCAGGACAUCCAGCACUUAGAGUUGAACGAAGUAACUUGCUUGCUGCUGUUAUCAUCAGUGUUGAUAAGGAUGGAAGAGAAUUACUUGUUGCUGUCAGCUUUGGAUUAGCAGCAUCUGAAGCAGUUGCUGACAGAAGAACAUCUUUCCAAAUAAAGAGAUGGGAAGCGUACGCUAGGCUAUACAAAAAAGUCUUGGAUGAGGGAUGGUUUGAACCAGGACAUGGAGAUUGGUGUACAUGUCUUGAAAAAUAUUUACUUUGCCGAGAUGGACUAUAUCAUAAGCAAGAUCAAUAUGAUCGUUUGCUGCCAACAUUUACUCAGGUUAUUGACCUGACUGAGGAAGAAGAGUCUAAUUACUGGACUGUCAUGUCUGCUGUUUUCGAUGGGAAAGAUGUUGAUUCAGUUACGUCUUGUUUGGGGAGCUGUAAGACACCCAUGUCUGGUGCUUUUUCUUCUUCUAGCGAAGCUAAUAUCAAUAACAAGGUUCACUUACUUAGGACAAUGCUCCAAUGGGAGGAGCAGAUAUUUUCUGAAGUAGGGCUGAAACAAGGCACCAAGUUGAGUGAAUCAUAUGAUGAUUCCUUAAUCAUUGGGGAAGUAGCAGUUGUUUCUUGGCCAGAUGGUGAUAUUGUACGGUUACGAGCUGGCAGUACUGCUGCAGAUGCUGCAAGAAGAAUUGGGCUAGAAGGAAAGUUUGUUUUGGUAAAUGGUCAACCGGUACAACCCAAUAUUGAACUAAGAGAUGGUGAUGUGGUUGAAGUAAGACUAUAAAUUCUGUAUGUGCAUAGAAUUCUUGUAGCUUAAAGCUACACAACAAAAAAAAAAGUGUAUUUAUGUUUUGUCAAGUGUACAUAAAACUUCUGUAUAUUUGUCAAUAGUCAUAAUUAAUCUGCGAGAACAAAAUUCUUAAAGCAUCAAAUAUCUUAUCGCUUACUUUACAGCUUGCUGCAUUGCUGCAAUCAAACAAGUCAACUCAUAUAUUCUCUGUCCUGUUUGAAAGCUAUCUACAGACAGUCGUUUACCAAAUGGUUCACAAGAUUUUGCAAAAAUUUGAUACAUAACAGAAGUACAUCAUUAAGCCUA